AUGCGGCAAGGAAAGCUGGUAGCAUUUACUAGGCGCCUUGGUGUCUAUAAAUUUUUGCCAUUGUUUUUCCUUCUUGGAGCCGGUAUAGAGUUGUUUAUGAUAAAAGUCCGGGUCGGGAGAGAAACUUUCUGUAAGUAUCCUUCCAGAACUAUUAAAAACUCAAGUUGUAGGCUUCCUUCAGCUUAUAGAUCAGAAGAUAUUCGCGCGCGUUAUUGACCAAACUUCGGCUUCGUGUUUUUGUUACGUUUUGACGGACCGAGACGAAGUGGAGGUCAGAAAAAUUGCAAAAAGAACGAAGCAAUAGUCACGUUAAUAACUGAACAAGCCGAUGGUCAAUUUCUGAUAUGGGGAAGCGACUUUUUUCAGCAGGACCGAAGCAGAAAAUCCCAAGCGGGCAGGAUGGGUCUAUCUUGUACAUGUAUGCUCGUGAUUUUCUGGUUUUGUCCUGUCUUGAAGUUUUGUAGCCAAUCAGAAAAUAAGAUGUGCUGGGUUGCGACCUAGUUAACCCUUUUUAUUUUACCCGACAGGAAUUUAUAAGAGUGGUGGCUACUGGUGAUGGUCUUGUAAAAGAAUGGUUUCUUUUAUUAAAGUGACCAUGUGUUAAAAUAAUUGACGGCAGUUGCUUCCAAGCAUAUCCUGUUGAUUGCCAAUUCAUCUGUGAAUCAACAAAGUGGUUGGGGUUGCUUACAUGGGAGGGGCCACUUACGAGAGCAAAAAGUUCCUGAAUUCUACAACUGCUAAAUUGCCUGAUUCAACUAAUUUAAUUAUUUUUUAUCUGGCAAUUGAGCCAUUGUUUAAUUCAGGAAUUCUUUGUUGUCGUUGUUGUUAUUAUUUUUGAAGGUUCACGACUUUUACUUAUAUGCCAGCUUAAUCAAGUCAGCAAUGAUUUUCCCUUUUGCAAUACAGAUGACGUCUAUGUCAGAAAACAGUCAGAAAGAAAACUAGAAAGACAGAAUCAGGAACAAGAAGAACAUUGACAAAGAGCAUCAUGCCGGCUGGCGUAUCAUGGGGUAGAUACCUGACCUUUCUUGCUGCAAGUUUAGCAUCAGCAUUAGCAGGAAGUCAGGUGGUUCAUUUGUACUACAAACCAAGUCUGGUAAGCAGUUAAGUUGGAUUAUUAUACGUUUCUGGGAAACUGCCCACCUACUCCUCCCCUAAGCCAACAUUUUGUCCUAAGUGAGAAAUAGGUGUUAAUGUUGGCUUAGGGAAGGGGUAGAUGAGAAUUUUUCCAGAAAUGUAUAAUGAUUCAUUAAGUUUUCUCACCUCAUUUAAAAAAAAAUGCAAUCUCAACUGUAACCUGGCUUGGUUUACUGGUGGCAAGUUUUUAUCUUGGUAUUGUUAAUGCAUUAUAAUGAGUUUGUUACAAAGAAAGUAACCCAUGGAUACAGUACCUGAACCACAACCUAUCUACUGGCUGGGUUUUCACUAGUUAAAUCUUCAAUUCAACUGGCCCUUUAUGCUAGUGAGAAUUUCUACCUUUUGAAUACUGACAAAUUCUAGUCUUACAUUAGCCUGAAUUUCAUCCGAUUACUUCGAGUCGUCAUUACUCCCUCAGUAGUUGUUGAGAGGAGAAAACGACUCGAAGCAAUCGGAUGAAUUUCAGGCUAGUCUUACACUAAUCCUUGAACUCUGUAAAACCGGACUUCAGUCUUACUGUAAUGUUUAUCAAAACAAUCAUUAUUAAAAAUAUUGUGGUUAUAACAAAUGAAAUAAAGAUAUUACAUCAGCAGCAGAGCACACUUCUACAAUUUUUUAUCGUUUGCUUUCCAACAGGAAAUACCAGAUGUACCGUUAAAUCCUAACGAAUUGCCAGAUCCUGAAGAGAGGAUGGGGUGGAGAAAAUAUAUUUCCAUUAAGAAGGACUAAGAGAUCAUGCACGUACAGUACACAACUUUUGUGUACUGUGAUAAUCAAAUAAUGCAUUUGGAUAAAAAUUACAUUAACAGCAACACGGAUAAUAAAGUUUGAUGGGCAGAUAGGUCAUUUUACAAGUUAGCUUGCCAG